AUGUCAGACGGCGGCAAUCUCGGCAUCGGCGUCCUUCUCCUCAGCCUGGUCGCGCUCGGCUCCUGGCCAGCGCUGCUCGACCUCGCGUUCCUGCGUGGCAGGCACCCGAGCCACGCCUACCUCGACUACGCCACGGCAGUGCUGCUGGUCGCGACGUCCUUUGCGCUCGCUUCGGGGCAGCCGCUCAGCGUGUCAAGCGAGAGCUGGGCCUCAGCGGGCCUCGCCGCCGUCGGAGGCUGCCUGCUGAUGCUCGGGAACCUCAGUAUGCAGCGGGCGCUGCUGCUCGGGGUUCCGCUGACCAUCGUGCUGCCGCUGCAAGGCUCGCUCACAGUCGUGCUGGGCACCAGCAUCAACUACGUGCUGCAGCCCGAGCGGAGCGAGCCGCGCCGCCUGUUCGCCGGCGUCGCCGCGUUUCUCGUAGCCAUCGCCCUCUCUGCCACCGCGCACGUGGCCCACGAGCGGCAGGCAGCCAACCGGCGGGAGCGGCGGCGGCGGCGGAAGAGGCAGCACGCCGCCAGCUGCAGGCCGUGCUGUGGGGCGCAGGCGCCCCUCGUCAAUGGCGCCGGCAGCAGCACGCCGCAAGCGGGGGAGCUCACGAUUGAGUCUGCGCCGGCGGCGGACGCGGCCACCACGACCGCGACCGCGAACGCCACCACCGGCCUGUUCGUCGCAGCCGCGGGCGGGCUCUGCUUCGGGUUCUUUAGCCCUUGCUUCAACCUCGCCGUCAACGACGAGCUCGGCUGGGUCAGGCAGAGCGGCGGAGCCCCACUCAAGGUCUUUGCGGCAAACUUGUACUUUUGCGUCGCCUUCGCUCUGUCCGCGUGGGCCGCAAACCUGGCGCUGAUGCGGUGGCCGCCCCCUGGCACGCAGCGCUCCUCGCUGAGCGAGUACGCCAGCAGCCCGAGCGACGGCCGCUGGCUUGCGCUCCUGUCGGGAGUCGUCUGCGCCAUUGGCAAUGCCGCCCAGUUUGUCGGCGGCGACAUGGCGGGCUUUGCGAGCGCCGACCUCGUGCAGGCGUUCCCGAUUGUGGGCACUGUGUGGGGCGUGGCGUGCCUGGGCGAGUUUCGAAAGGCGAGCAGCCGCGUCUACGUGCUGCUCGCCGCCAUGUACGGCGCUUUCCUGUCGGCCGUUGCCCUGCUCGCGUGGAGCGUGAGGCGCUGGCACGCUCAGCGGUCAGCGCCUGUUGCGUGCCUCGAGCUGUGCAUCGGAGGCAGCCCGCCGGCCGGCACAGCAGACACGGAGCUGGGGGAGCGGCAACCGCUGUCGCCCGCGGUGUCGCCAAUGUUUGAGCGGAGUCCUGCCGGCUCUGUCCGCUCAUCGACCUCGCUCCUUACGAUGGAGACGGGAGCCGCUAGCGACACGGACCGGCGGGCGGUCGGCUCUGGGUACGCUGCCGGGUAUGCAGUGGUGAAGCUGCGCAGCGCAGCGGAGGAGGAAGUCUCUCCGGGCGCCGAGGAGGACACCUUGGCGAAGUCGUCCAACGAGGAGGACGCGGCCGCGGCGCCGCCCGCGCUCUGGAUCGAGACGCGCGACAUGGCGUUUUGCGUCGCCGGCGUGAUGACGGCUCACAUCGCGUACGGCUACUACCAGGAGCAGUUGAUGACGCGGCUCUUCUUCUCGCCGGACGCGCCGCUCGGCGAGCGGUUCCAGCAGUCCUCCUUCACCACGCUCUGCAACCGCUCCGUCACCUUGCUCCUCGCCUCCCUCUUCGCCGCCGGCUCGAAGCUCCUUCACGGAGGGAACCCGGUCGCGGUGCCUCUCCCCGCCUGGGACUACUCGAUGGGGGCAAUCUCGAACACGAUCUCGUCGGUGGCGCAGUACGCGUCGCUCCAGUUCGUCUCCUUCCCCAUCCUCGUCCUCGCGAAGGCUCCCCGCCCCUCCCCCCGCCCCCCCCCGGGGCAUUUGCGAUUCGACCAAUUUUCACACAGCGAGACGACCACCGGCAGCAACCGUACUAUGUAUCAUCUCCGGAGCGGGUCCUAA